AUGCUGUGCUGGAACUCUUGCAGCCAGGGCUUGAGACUAGAAACCUGUGGGAUUGGAAAUAUAGAAAUUGAUAAUGGAUUUUUUUCUGAAUCUGAUUUAACAUAUGCUGUAAAUAAAACAACACAAUAUAGGUGUAAACAGGGAUAUAUAACAGCAAAUGGAGAAACAUUUGGCUCAGUUACUUGCCUACAAAAUGGAUGGUCAGCUCAACCCUCAUGCAUUAAGUCUUGUGAUGUGCCUGUGUUUGAGAAUGCAAAAUCUAAAAAUAAUAGCAGUUGGUUUAAACUCAAUGACAAAUUAGACUAUGAAUGUGACGUUGGAUACGAAAACAAAUAUAAGCAUACCAAAGGCUCCAUAACUUGUACUCAUGAGGGAUGGUCUGAUAAGCCCUCGUGUUAUGAAAUAGAAUGCAGCAUUCCCAUAUUAGAUCCAAGCUUAGUUGUUUAUCCCAAGAAAGAAAAAUAUAUGAUUGGAGAUUUGUUGAAAUUCUCUUGCCGGCCAGGACAUAGAGUUGGACCAGAUUCAGUGCAAUGCUACCACUUUGGAUGGUCCCCUAGUUUCCCUACAUGUAAAGCAGGUCAAGUAAGAUCCUGUGAUCAACAUCCUGAACUACUCAAUGGGAAAAUUAAGGGAUCAAAGAAAGUAGAAUACAGCCAUGGUGAGGUGGUGGAAUAUGAUUGCAAACCUAAAUUUCUACUGAAGGGACCCAAUAAAAUCCAGUGUGUUGAUGGGAAGUGGACAACCUUGCCAAUAUGUGUUGAGGAAGAGAGAACAUGUGAAGACAUUCCUGAACUUGAGCAUGGCAUUGUCAAGUUUCCUGUCCCUCCAUAUCACCACGGAGAUUCAGUGGAGUUUACUUGUGCAGAAACCUUCACCAUGAUUGGACAGGGGACAGUUUCUUGCAUUAGUGGGAGGUGGACCCAGCUUCCUCAAUGUGUUGCAACAGAUCAACUUAAGAAGUGUCAAGCAUCAAGACUAGCUGUAGUAGUGGCAAAUAAACCUGAGAAGGGUGAAUUUAUUCAUAACUCUAGCAUCACUUACAAAUGUAGAGGAAAGCAGAAGUAUGGAUAUUCAAUUUGCAUUAAUGGAAGAUGGGAUCCUGAACUAACCUGUACAAAGAAAAUAUCCUGCCCUCCUCCACCACAGGUUCCAAAUGCCCAAGUGAUUGAAACCACAGUGAAAUACUUGGAUGGAGAAAAAGUAUCUGUUCUUUGCCAAGACAAUUACCUAACUCAGGACCCAGAAGAAAUGAUUUGCAAAGAUGGAAGGUGGCAGUCAUUGCCACGUUGCAUUGCAAAAAUUCCAUGUUCCCAGCCCCCUAAAAUAGAACAUGGAUCUCUUAAAUUACCCAGAUCAUCAGAAGAAAGGAGAGAUGCAAUUGAGUCCAGCAGUUAUGAACACGGAACAACUAUCAGCUAUACCUGUGAUGAUGGCUUCAGGAUAUCUGAAGAAAAUGGGGUAACCUGCCACAUGGGAAAAUGGAGCUCUCCACCUCAUUGUGUUGGAAUUCCUUGUGGGCAUCCACCUUCAGUUCAUCAUGGUCUUGUGUCUCAAGAACGAGACAGUUACCAGUAUGGAGAAGAAGUUACAUAUAAUUGUUCUGAAGGCUUUGGAAUUGAUGAACCAGCAUUUAUUAAAUGUGUAGGAGGAAAGUGGUCCAGGCCACCAGAAUGCAUAAGAACUGAUUGUGACAAUUUACCCAAGUUUGAAAAUGCCAUACUCAUAGAAGAGGCAAAAAACUCAUAUAGGUCAGGAGAACAGGUGACAUUCAAAUGUUUACCUAAUCAUCAAAUGAAUGGAUCCAACAUUGUGACAUGUAUUCAGAGCAAGUGGAUUGGAAAUCCAGUGUGCAAAGAUUCAACAGGGAAAUGUGGGCCUCCUCCAACUAUUGACAAUGGAGACAUCACCUCCUUUCCAUUACCAGUAUAUGGGCCAUUAUCAUCAGUUGAGUAUAAGUGCCAAUUCUUCUAUAAAAUGCAGGGUAGCAAGAACAUAACCUGCAAAAAUGGAGAGUGGUCAAAGCCACCAAAGUGUUUACAUGCAUGUGUUUUAACAAGAGAAAUUAUGGGAAGACAGAACAUAGUUCUCAGGUGGACAGAAAAUAGAAAGAUCUAUAUCCAGUCAGGGGAUUAUGUUGAAUUCAUAUGUAAAACUGGAUAUCAAAAGGCACAAGGAUCACCUGAACUUCGUACGAAGUGCAUUGAUGGUCAUAUCAAUUAUCCCACUUGCUCAAAAUAA